AUGCCUCAACGUGAGAGCUUCUACGCACAAAGUGGAGGAGGCUUCCUACCGGUUCCCUGGAUGUGGUCAAGCGGUAUUCGCGCUCGUUCUUCGGCCAAUCGUAUUGCCCCGGAGACAAACCUACUGGCCUGGCCUGGUAGUCUGGCUCUGGCAGGUUCCGUACUCGACUCGAAAGCCAUCGAUGGAUCUGUGGGGUUUCUACUUAAGAACAUCCAAAUCCGGCCGCAAACAGACUUUGCUGAGGCGUUGAUUCUUGGUCAGUCCCAGCAGUCUGUCUCACCCCGGAGCCCCAUGUUCCGGGCUGCUGCCACCCUAUACACUCUCUGA